CGGCGGGAGGAGCUACGUCCAUUCGCCGCCCGGCCUUCUCAAACGCCGCCGGCGAGCAAGGUCUUGUGCUAUUUCUGGACGCAUUGAUCCUAUGAAACUCUCGAUAUCUAUCUGUUGAUAUAAAAGUAUUCGAUUGAUGUUUCCAUAUAAUGGAAUAGGUCGUAAGCUUAUUUGUUGCUCGUGGAACUUCUACGAAUCGAGUUCUUGUGUAGGGCCGUGGGAAUGAAAUAAAUAAGGGGCUCAGAGAGUACUGUACAGCAGCAGCCAGGCCAGAAAACCAGGAAGCUGAGAGUAACGGUAACAUCUUGUUUUGGCAGUUCCUCCCGGGGCAAUCUUGUCAUUAACAACAAUUCCAACGGGACAUUUCACACUCUGGAAGAAAAGCACACAUCGCACAAACCCUUCUCCUCCACCAACUCUUCAGCACAAAAGUUUCUCUCUGCUGGCCAGUCUAUGCAUUUAUAUACAUAUGUAUUUAUGUAUAUAAGUAUAUAUGCACAGUGUUUUUCAGUCCAAUCAUAUUGAGUCUUUCUUCCUUCUCUUUCUCUGUUGCCUUUUGUCUACUUUUCUCUUUUCCUUUUACACUUUCUAUGUGAUUGGAGCCCACUCAAACCACAUUAGUGUGUAAGGGUGUAGAUUAAAGCAAAGGUUUGGUUUUUUUCUUCUUCUUCUUUUGGGUCUGUUGUGCAAAUUGAUUUUGGUUAAACGAGGUGGUGGUGAAGAUAGGUGAGUUUAGCCAUGGAUGCCCCAAAACCAGAGGAAAUAAGUCAUCCUCCCAUGGACCAACUUCAGGGCUUGGAGUAUUGUAUUGACUCUAAUCCUUCUUGGGGGGAGGCUAUAGCCCUUGGGUUUCAGCACUAUAUUCUGGCGUUGGGAACUGCUGUGAUGAUUCCAACCUUUCUGGUUCCAUUGAUGGGCGGAAACGACGGUGACAAAGUGAGGGUAGUUCAAACUAUGCUAUUUGUUGGAGGCAUUAAUACAUUAGUGCAAACAUUAUUUGGAACCAGAUUGCCUACUGUUAUCGGAGGAUCAUGGGCAUUCAUGGUGCCUAUAAUUUCGAUUAUCCAUGACCCUUCCUUAGAAAAGAUUCCGGACCCCCAUGUGAGAUUUUUGAAUACAAUGCGAGCUAUACAAGGAGCACUAAUCGUAGCAUCUAGUGUUCAGAUUAUAUUGGGUUACAGUCAGCUGUGGGCUAUAUGUUCAAGGUUUUUCAGUCCACUCGGAAUGGUUCCCGUGAUUUCUCUAGUUGGCUUUGGUCUGCUUGACAAAGGAUUCCCCGUGGUCGGACGUUGUGUGGAAAUUGGCAUUCCAAUGUUCGUUUUAUUUGUACUCUUUUCCCAGUACUUGAAGCACUUCCAAACAAGACAGCUUCCUGUAUUAGAGCGAUUUGCUUUCAUCAUUUCAGUCACGGUUAUUUGGGCUUACGCGCACCUACUAACAGCCAGUGGCGCUUACAGGCAUCGCCCUGAGUUAACCCAAAGAAACUGCCGCACUGAUAGAGCAAACCUCAUUUCUUCUGCACCAUGGAUCAAAAUCCCAUAUCCCCUCCAGUGGGGCGCGCCCACAUUUGACGCUGGACACGCAUUUGGAAUGAUGUCUGCUGUAUUAGUAUCAUUAAUUGAGUCAACUGGGGCGUAUAAAGCAGCAUCGCGUUUGGCAAGUGCCACACCACCUCCUGCUCAUGUUCUUAGCCGUGGAAUAGGCUGGCAGGGUAUCGGAAUUCUGUUGGAUGGAAUGUUUGGUACCUCCACCGGAUCUACGGUAUUAGUGGAAAACAUUGGUCUUAUCGGAAGUACCAGAGUUGGCAGCCGGAGGGUAAUCCAAAUCUCUUCCGGUUUCAUGAUUUUCUUCUCAAUAUUGGGUAAAUUCGGAGCACUAUUUGCAUCAAUUCCUUUCACAAUCUUUGCAGCUGCUUACUGCAUCCUGUUUGGCCUCGUCGCUUCGGUGGGGCUGUCUUUCUUGCAAUUCACAAACAUGAAUUCGACGAGGAACCUGUUCAUCACGGGAGUGUCCCUCUUCCUGGGUCUGUCCAUUCCAGAAUACUUCAGAGAGUACACCAGCGCCGCCCUCCACGGCCCUGCUCACACCAAUGCUGGCUGGUUCAAUGAUUUCCUGAACACCAUAUUGUUGUCGUCCCCAAGCGUGGCGCUGAUGGUGGCGGUGUUUCUGGACAACACGCUUGAGUACAAAGACAGCGCGAGAGACCGGGGGAUGCCGUGGUGGGCAAAGUUCAGGACAUUCAAAGGCGACGCCAGAAACGAAGAGUUUUAUACCCUCCCCUUCAAUCUCAACAGGUUUUUCCCUCCUUCAUGAGAAAUUGACAAUGUCUGCACAAGCCAAGCCAAUUAGGACGACAAGAACACACAACAAAUCACAUUGGCAAAGAAGAAGACAAUGGCAAUAUGAGCAUGAGGCCUCCUCCUCCUCUGUGUCUGUCAUGUCAUUAUUUUGUAAUGCUAUGCUAUGCUAUGCUAUCUAUGGCUUGAGUGUGUGUGUGUAGUGUGUAGUGUGUAGUGUAGUGUAUGUGUGUUGGGGUUUUGGCUAUUUAUUAUUCAAUUCUUUGCAAGCACUUGAUCAUCUAAUUCAUUAUACACAUUGUCACUGUCACAAAGAAAUGCAGAAAGACAAAACAUUAAAAUUCCAUGGUGUGUAAAU